AUGACAUCGUCACGAGCAGUUAUUACGGUUCUAGUGCUAACGGGCUUAGCGAUCAAAGGCUACGAAGCGAGUUUCAACAUUGGACACCCGUUCCGUCCCGUUGCAUCGGUCGCGGAGUCCACCAUCAACUCCGCCCAGCUGGGAUUGCAGCUGAUGGAACUUAAACUUCACAUCGAUCAAAGCAUCGAAUAUGCGGGGUACAAAUUCCAUGCAAUGCUGCAAGAACUGCUGGAAGAAAAUGGUGGCUUUUGUUGUGAAAAAGGGGCCCCAAAGGACGUCGGCGUACUGAAGGAGAAGCUGCUUCUUAACACCUCCAACCAGGAAUGCUUCAACCAGGACAUCGAUAGACUUCGAACUGAUGUGCUCGAAGAGCUUAAAGCAGUACGCGAAGGACAGAUGCGCGUGUCCGAUCGGCUUGGAAAUGUUUCGUCGUCGCGUGAAAUCAAAGUCGCACGUCUUGAGCAUCAGCUCAGGGAAACCGCACUGAACACGCAGGUGUACCUGCAAAACCCGGACGAUACGGUGAACGGUUCGUUCUUCGUCAAAGCGACUCGUGCGGCCAAUCGCGCCUACGGUGACGAUUGGAUUAUCUUUCAGCAGCGGUACGACGGUACGGUCGAUUUCUACCGCAACUGGACCGAGUAUCGAGACGGUUUCGGAGAUUUCGGGGGCGAGUUUUGGCUCGGUCUGGAGAAGCUGUACCGCAUACUGAGCUCAGGCCCACGGUACGAGCUGCUGAUCGAGCUGGAAGACUUUCAGGGUGUAACAGCGUUCGAGCAUUACGAUAAGGUGCUCAUUGGCGAUGAGGGUGAAAACUAUGCGCUUAAGCAGCUCGGUAAGCCAACGGGAACGGCCGGUGAUUCGCUUGCGAUACACAAGGGCAAGAACUUUAGCACGUACGACCACAGCACGAACGAAUGUCCCACGUUUUACCAUGGCGCUUGGUGGUUCUCGCAGUGCUACGAUGCCCAUCUUAACGGGAAGUAUCUGAUAGGGAAGCAGACUUCAAGGAGUGGAAACAUAUGGCACAAGUUUCGUGGCCCGUUCGAGUCAUUGCAGGCGACUAAAAUGAUGGUUCGGCCACUGUCCAUAAUUGAUCGCGGUCGAAAAGAAGCAAAACUAGGCGAAGGACCAUAA